AUGUCUAAGCGAAACAGCAUAGCUUCAAAUACAUUAUUUAAUUAUUUUACUAAAACUCCUCCAAGUAACAAGAAACCAAAACAGAAUAGUGGUGAGAAUAAAGAUAAAUUAAAUAAUCCAGUCAAUAAAGAUGAUGUUAAACCAGAAAGCAAAAAACGCGAAAGAAAAUCUACUCCUUCGCCGAAAGUUAAUACAAGUUGUAAUAAUGACAGUGAUGAAGAGGUGCCAAUUUCAAUUAAAAAAAGGAAAAGAAUUAGGUUAAACCCUAUUGAUUCUGAUGAUUCAGAUGUAGAAAACAAAGGUUUUCUAGCAGAUAACAAAAUUGAAAAAGAAAAUGGUUCAGUACAAAAAGACAAAAUUUCCAUUGAAAAAAAAUUACAAGAAAGUUUCUCAUAUGAACCUGGUAAAUCCCCAGUCGGGAGUAAACUUAAGAAAGUGACACUCAAUGAUUCUCAAAUAAAAGCUGAGCCCCAAGAAUCAUUGGCAUCUGAUGAAGGCAAUUGGAAUCACUGUAAACUUGACUGGUUGAAACCAGAUAAGAUAAAAGAUUCUAAAGGGAGAAGGCCUGACCAUCCAGACUAUGAUCCUACCACACUUUAUGUACCUCCUGAUUUCAUGAAGAAACAAACACCAGGUCAUAAACAAUGGUGGGAAAUAAAAUCUCAACACUUUGACUGUGUGCUAUUUUUCAAAGUGGGCAAGUUCUAUGAGUUAUAUCAUAUGGAUGCAUCGGUUGGUGUUAAUGAACUUGGCUUCUCUUAUAUGAAGGGUGACUUUGCACAUUCAGGUUUUCCUGAAAGUGCAUACUCUCGCAUGGCUACCACUUUGAUUUCUAAAGGCUAUAAAGUAGUGAGAGUGGAACAAACUGAAACUCCAGAUAUGAUGCAAGAGAGGUGUAAAAAAAGCGGUCAGUCCAGCAAGGUGGUGCGGCGCGAGGUGUGCCAGGUGAGCGUGCGCGGUGCGCGUGCGCCGGGCCUGCAGGACGCGGGCGCGGCGCUCGCCGCCGCUGAGUACAUGCUGGCCAUCGCGGAAGAGGAAAACAAUGGCUGCAGCACGUUUGGAGUGUGCUUUAUCGAUACAACAAUAGGGCAUUUCCACAUGGGACAGUUUGAUGACGACAAACACUCCUCUAGACUUCUCACCACGCUCGCGCACUAUCCACCUGCUUUGAUAAUCUACGAGCGUAAGACAACAUCAACUAGAACAAGCAAGUUGCUAUCCACCCACUGCCACUCUGCAAGGCUCGAGUCUAUGCCUUUGUCCGCUCCAGACAAGACUCUCAAGUUGUUAGCUGAGAAGUACUACAGGACUAAUGAUGAUGGGGACUGGCCGGAAGGACUUAAACCGUUUUUAUAUGAAGGCGACGCACUAGGUCUGACACCAGCCAAAAACUCACACUUAACUAUAAAGGCUCUGGGUGGAUGUAUUGCUUAUUUAACAAAAUGCCUACUAGACAUACAAAUUCUUGGCAUGUCCCAGUUUUCUGAGUAUUCUCCACCCGAUGUUCUAAAUAGCACUUUAAAACAAGAGGAUAUGGUCGAUAAUGGAUGGACGGGAGGCAAUACAAUGGUAUUAGAUGCUAUUACGUUAAGGAAUUUGAGAAUUGUACAGGAUGAGGGAUGUUUGUAUGAUAAGCUGAACUUUUGUUCGACGCCAAUGGGGAAACGGUUACUAUACCAAUGGGUGUGUUCUCCGAGCUGCGAUCUCGCGUUGAUCAAAGAGAGGCAACAAGCGGUCAAAGCUUUGUAUGAAAACCAAGAGCUGUCACAGGAUGUGAAGAACUUAUUGGCUACCUUACCUGAUUUGGAGAGGCUUUUGGCUAAAAUACAUGCCCUCGGUAACUCUAAAAAGGCAAAAGACCACCCUGACUCCCGCGCCAUAUUUUACGAAGAGAAAACGUACUCAAAGCGUAAAGUACUGGAUUUUAUAUCAGUUUUAAACGGUUUUACGUCUGUUCUAAAAUUAUCCGAACUAUUUUCAAAUGAAGAAGCAGUUUUAUUACGAUCUAUAACACAAUUCGGACCUGAAGGGAGAUUCCCCGAUUAUAGAGACACAUUGAAAUUCUUUAAGGAAGCAUUCAAUCAGCAAGAAGCAGAGAAAGAAGGUCGUAUAUUGCCUGGCGCGGGGGUGGACCAGGAGUAUGACACCAUAUUGGAGGAGAUCAAGCAAAUAGAACAAGAGUUGAAAAACUAUCUUACUCAACAGGAAAAGUAUUUUAAAUGCAGGAUAACAUAUGUGGGCACAGAUAAGAAGCGGUAUCAAUUAGAAGUGCCACAAAGCGCAGCGGCUAAGGCGGGGCCGCAGUACCACAUGGAAGGGACAAGGAAAGGGUUUAAGAGAUACUCCACGGACGAGACUAAGGAUUUCCUCGCUCGAAUGAUUGCCGCAGAGGAACACAAAACGAAUGUAUUAAAAGAUCUAAGUCGUCGAAUUUUCGAGAAGUUCUCAACGAACUACAAUGAAUGGGAGAUGGCGGUCAAAUGUAUAGCUACAUUGGACAUUCUGCUUUCGUUUGCUGAGUUUGCCAGGCAACAGAUUGGAGAUGUUUGCUUGCCUGAAGUCACCUUCGAAAAGGGACAGGAGCCGUACGUGGAUAUAACCGGCGGCCGCCACCCGUGCAUGCCGCAGGCGGAGUUCAUCCCCAACGACGUGCGGCUGCGCGGCGCGCGCCUGCUGCUGCUCACCGGCCCCAACAUGGGCGGCAAGUCCACGCUCAUGCGCCAGCUCGGCCUGCUCACCGUGCUCGCGCAUCUGGGCAGCUACGUGCCGGCGCGGGCGUGCGCGCUGAGCGCGUGCGCGCGCGUUUUCACGCGGCUGGGCGCGCGCGACGACGUGCUGGCCGCGCGCUCCACCUUCCUGCUGGAGAUGCAGGAGACCGCCGCCGUGCUGCGCCACGCCACCCCGCACGCGCUCGUGCUGCUCGACGAGCUGGGUCGCGGCACGUCGACGUACGACGGCACGGCGCUGGCGGCGGGCGUGGCGGCGGCGCUGGCGGCGCGCGGCGCGCGCACGCUGCUCUCCACGCACUACCACGCGCUCGUGCACGCCUUCCGCGACGACCCGCGCGUCCUGCUCGGACACAUGGCGUGCAUGGUGGAGACGGACGAGGCGAGCGCGGACACGGACGAGGUGCCGGAGGAGACGAUCACGUUCCUGUACAAGCUGUCGGCGGGCGCGUGCCCCAAGUCGUACGGGUUCAACGCGGCGCGGCUGGCGGGCGUGCCGCGGGACGUGACGGCGCGCGCGCGGCGCGUGGCGCGCGCACUGGAGCGGGACGCGCGGGAGGCGCGCGCGCGCCGCGACGCCGCCGCGCUCGUGCGCUGUCGCCGCGCCGACGACAUGCGCGCGCUGCUCGCCGGCUUGACUAUU